AUGGGUGAUAUCUCAGCACUGGGUAUCAGAUCACUGUUCUUUGUCAUUGGUCCAUUGUUUAGCGGAAAGAACAAUCUAUGUCUAUUCAUCUUAAAGAACUUUCCUUAUGUAUUUGCGCAUCUGACAAAUAUUGCACGGAAUCCGCACCAGGAGCUCGUUAAUCAAGUACGAAGGACUCCGCUAAGCUCGAAUAAACCUGAGCUCGUCUUCAUAGAUAAUUAUAUCAAUGAUAAGCUGCUUCAGAAGAAGGUGUCCAGUCAUAGCAUGACUAGGGGCCGGUAUUUUAAGUUGAGUAGUAUUUUCCUUAGUCACAGCUACUUUGCCAUUGAUAAGAUGCUUCGCUUAAAAACGAUCGAUUGUUCAUUACUACAAUCGCGCGACUGA